GCUGCGGCUCUUGGUAAGACCAUCCAUCGGUGGUAAUUUGGAGGUACGGCAUGUUUUUUAGUAGUUGGUAGGGUGAAUGCCAUUUGUCGUGUGGUCGGGUGCCAUAGCAACGGCUCAUGAGAAACAUUGUAUAGCCCAGGCCAGUUUUGACGUGCUCAGUGUUGGAUGACAGCCGCGUUUAUGCGGACGAUGUGGACAAUCGCAACUCUUGCAACAAAUUGCCGUUGUGUCUCGUUGUUGUCUCGACCGUCCGCGAGCCGAUUGUUGUCAGAACUAAGCAAAUCCAGCGAGCAGCUAAAACAAGUAGCUACCCUGCGUGUGGAGAGCCAUGGCAGUUAUUUGUAAAUGCAGGCAUCUGGUGAGAGAAUGAAUGCUGAUGACUGCAAUGGACGCUCAUACACACAAGGUAAUGGAGGAGAAUCAUCAACAGAACAGGAUUUUUAUGGCGGGCUGCAGGGCCCUUCUGCAAGAUCUCCAAACAGCCAGCAGUCCUCACCACACCGCUCCCUUAGUGCAAACUCCAUCAAGGUUGAGUUGUGCAGUGAUAACGAGUCAUCAGGUGCUCCACAGCCGGAGAACAAAGAGGCUGUGAGGAUCGACGGCGGGAAUAAUGACCGGGGAGACCCCAUGGAAGAAGCCACUGCAGAGUACGCUGGGGCUGGAAGAGACAGAGCAAGCAUAUACAGUGAGAUGGCCAGUCCAAAUUCUGCUUCACCAGGACCUAUCAGGUUGCCCAAUGGGAAGCUCCAGUGUGAGGUGUGCGGGAUGAUCUGCAUUGGACCUAACGUGCUGAUGGUGCACAAGCGUAGCCACACAGGGGAGCGACCAUUCCAGUGUAACCAGUGUGGAGCUUCCUUCACCCAGAAGGGAAACCUGUUGCGCCACAUUAAAUUGCAUUCAGGAGAGAAGCCUUUCAAAUGUCCCGUUUGCAAUUACGCUUGCCGUCGGAGAGAUGCACUGGCUGGACAUCUGCGCACACAUGCAGUUCCUUCUCCGACGGUGGGAAAACCUUUCAAGUGCAGCUACUGUAGCCGCAGCUACAAGCAACAAAGCACACUGGAGGAACAUCUGGAGCGCUGCCAUACUUAUCAAAAGAGUCUGGACCAACAGGCGGCUGUCAACACACAGACAGCACAAGGUGAGUCAGUAAAGAUGGAGACAGUUAUUAAACCUGCACUCCAGCCAGCCAAUGACAAAAUCCAGUUUGUGGAUCGACUGGCUAUAAGCAUCACGAAACGUAAGAGGUCAACACCACAGAAGUUUUUGGGCGAAAAGCACAUGCACCUUGACCCACCUGAAGUACCUUACGAAUUGUCGUCUGGCUCUGAAAAAGAGGGGGACCUCAUGACUUCACAGUCUGUUGGCGACUCAGCUGUGCUAGCCGGUUCACAGCUAUACUGUGCCAGGGCUAAAGUUGAGAACCACGAGUUGCCUGCUCUGUCUCAGCUCCAUCCCACCUUCCUGUCCGAGCUCCGCACAGUCAUGGGCUCCAUCGGCAGCAAUGUCACCCCUCAUGGCCCUCGGGCCCAUGGCGGAGGUGGGCUGGCACCAAUGUCUCUCGGCCUGGCUGUACGGGAGGCAGGUGAAGGCCGCGAUGACCAGCCGACAGCACACAGUCACACCACCUCACCCAACGGCUGCCCCGACUCCACAGACACAGAGAGCACAGCAGAAGAGCAGAGCACAAGGGCUGCUGCCCCGACAAGUACCUCCAACAACCACCACCUCCACUACCAAACCUCAGCACUGCCCCGCAGCCAUCCCACUUCCAGCCCCAGCCAGGCCAAAGACUUGGACCCAGAGUGGGAGAGAGCGUGUCCUGUGCCCCCCACCAUAGUAAAGAGGAGCCCUGGCUCACCCAUUUCUUCCAGGGACACUGUGCAGGUGUUAGACCGGGAUGGCAGGCCGGUGCGCUCCUUCCACUGUCGGCAUUGCCGCAUCCUCUUUCUGGACCAUGUCAUGUUUACCAUCCACAUGGGCUGCCACGGCUUCCGCCAGCCAUUCGAGUGCAACAUCUGUGGCCACCGCAGCCAGGACCGCUAUGAGUUCUCAUCUCACAUCAGCCGUGGAGAGCACCAGGUGGGCUGAGGAGAGGGGUCGCUGGCAGGAUGAGGAGAGGUGACUGCUGCUCUAUAAAGUUGUUGGCUCACGUUUGUUCUGCACCAGAUCAGUUGCUUUAAAUCCUGUGUGAUUUUAUUGUAAGAGAAUUUAUUGUACCAAGGCAGACGCGAGUGAAGAAACUUAGUACUGCACCAGUCAAAGUUUAGCAGAGACAAAUUACGAUUGAUUGCACUCCCAUAUCAAAUCAUACUGCAAAACCCCUGGUUUUGCUUUAAAAGUGCCUUCUUUGGGGAUUUCCUCUUAAGUGAAAAAAAAAAAAUUAGGGGGGGGUCUGGUGCUCAAAAAUCUUGACUAGCCAUCUUUUCCUAAGUGAUUUUAAGUAGUUAGCACUUUUAGGAGAUGCGGUUAAGAAAAACAUGGCAUGUACAUUUUAAGAAAUAUAUUGCUUAGCGUGCACUAAGAGCUUCAUUUUUGUUGCUGCGGAAGGUAUUUUGUGAAUUGUGUCAGGUACGCUUAAUAUGCACUGAGAGCUUUGUGCCUCUAUGUUCAGGAGGAGCUUUGGUCACAGACAAAGCACAGAAAGGGAUUGCCUUAACUCCUACAGUGGUGCGCUGCUGUAGGAAUACAUAUUGUUUACAGCAUGGUUUUAACAGUGUGUGGAGUCAACUCAAAGGAAAAUCGGAGAGGAAAUGAACUCAAAAAUGGGAGUUCAGGGCUGAAUUAUAGCUAAAAAGUAGCUGGCUUUGGAUUUUAAAGUGAGCCUUAGAAGACUGGUGCAGAUCAGACCAUGAGCCAUGCAGUGUACAUUAAGAGCCCGACUGAGAUAGCCCAGGGUGCUAUACCUAUACAGGAUUGCACUUUUAGGUUCCCUGCUUAUAUAUGAACAUCUUUGCUGAAGCACUUGAUGGCUUUACAAUUUUUUUUUCUUGAUUGUUCGACUGCACUGAUAAAUCGCAUAUUACUCACAAUAACUGGUCCUCUAAUUUGCAACGCCAGUAUAUUUCUAACGAAGCCGGCCUUCUACAGAGUCCUACAGCGGUCUGCACUCAAGUUUGCUGCAUCAUGUGACUAAUAAUUAAAUAUCAGUUCAACUAAAACCAUCCUUUUGUGGUUUCGCACUCAGCGGUUGAAGCUGAGAUUUUAGACAGUUUCCAUAAUAUAAGUGAGUUAAUAAAUUAUUUAAAAAUUAAUUAACAACGAAUCACUUUGGAUAUGUUCAGUUGUCACUUGUGGUUAUCUAUUUAGUGUUGUUUGUUUCAGCCUUGGUGUAUUUAAUCAGCUAUAUUCCAAAACUUAUCCAGCAUAUUCCUCAAGUCCAUGAAAUGUUACCUCCUGCUUCUUUAUAGCACCCAAAUACCUUAUUGCUACAGUAUGGUGAGUUAUCUGACAAUGUUAAUAUUGGGAACAUGAAUGAGACCAAACUCAGUAUUCUUACUUGUUAUUGUGGAUUUGCUGCUUCAUAGUUUUAACUUGAUUUCCUUUAAUAGCAAGCAAAAUGUACUUGAAACUGUUUGAGAAAAAAAGUAAAUCUAAAAAUGCACUUGGUUUGAUAAGUAGAGAAACGUGUGUGUGCGUGUGAAUGGAAUAUAGCAUGUGUGCUUGUCAUUUUCUGCUUUUACCUAAAUUGUGAAUUAUUUUUGAAAUGUGAAGUAAUUUCAAGAAGUGAAAGUGAGGCAUGGGUUUUUGUCUCCUUGUGUGGACUCAAUGUUAUACAAUAUUUUGUGAAUGAUGUAACAUGACAAAACACUUUACCUCAAAGUUCAAGAUGUACAACUGCCUCAUUAUUUAAAAAAAAAAAAAGUCAUGUUGCUUUCAAAGAUGUUCUUGCAGUUACAAAUGCGCGCCCCUCGAUAUUCUAAAAAAACUUUUUACUGUCAAUAAAGUUACAUUUAUUGUAAA